AUGAUAGAAGGGGUUUCCAUAAAUACGAAGCUGUCAUUUCGGAUUGAUCCGCAGAAAAUAUCUAUAAACCUCUGCGAGAAAAAUGAUUAUGUGUUUGAUGUAGUCGAAAAUAAAGCUAGCAGGGUUACGCCACUGGUAGAGUACAGCGUUGAUGACGGUGAUUCCCGCAGUAAAGGCUACAGCGCGAAGGAUAUUCAGGCAGCAGCAGCGAAAACUACUUUGAGUGGGAGUGCUAAGGCUUCACUUUUAAACUUAAAUCUAUGUUACCUCGAUUUAAGUGGGGGGUUGUGUAGUGGUUCAGUGAGGUGCGCGGCAACUCGGCAACAGUGGACGAAAUUGUGGUAGAUCGAGCGAGGGGGAGUUGCCCUUCGCCGCCGAGAGAGGCAACAGGUGACGUGACCAUCUUCCGGAUUUAAAGAUUACCGGGUUCCAUGUUUUUUUUUAAGUUAGUGAA